GGGGAUCACACGUUGUACUGUCAAGUGACAGUUGACGUUGACACAAACACAUACAAAUGGGCGAAACCAGUGCGACAUAUGCAUGGGCAAACAACGUUCCACGUCGUUUGUUCGUCAAUUCUAGAAUGCGACGGCAUCAGCAGCAAAAGGUAGUUAAAAUAGAAAAAGAAUUAGAAUGUGGCAGCGAAAUUCUAACGACUGUAGGGCUGGUGGAAAAUUUUGACGAAAAACACUCGAGAAUUGUGCCGUAUAAUCUGCAGCAAGAAUUGCCUUGUAGUCGACGUGUAUUGUUUACGAUCAUUUCAAAACGUUCCAAUUGUGAAAUAGCUACACUGAGCUACACUCCAUGACGAAUUACUGACAGUCGUGAUGUAAGAGAAUGAAGUCAGACAGGUGGUCGGACGUGGUAUCAUCAGUAUGACAAACAAUAUCAUUGACAAAACUGCCUAAUGACUAGGGACUGUCCGAAGGAUGGGCAACUGCGCGAGCCGCGGCACCUCGAGGUAAUCGAUAAACGGGUACUCAUAAUUCUUACAAUAUGCACCUGUCAUUGAUAAAUUUUUUAUGCCUACUUCAAAACACGAUUGAUUAUACGGACAUAAAGGCGAAAGGAAUUUUCAUCGUAAAACAAAACUGUUUAUGGCGCGUAACGUGUCUUCCUAAAACAUUCCAAAUAUUUGUGAGCCAAACCAGUUAAAUCAUGGCAGAAGUUCACAAGGAACCUCACUUCGACAUCUUUAUUGAUGGAGAGAAAUUAAAUGAAGGCGCAGCAGAAAUUGUUAAACUUCUCCGACCCACAUGGCCCAUUGACGAAUAUCAGUUCAAGCUUUUCACGAAUGGGAUAUCUAACAAGCUCGUUGGUGUCUGGUGUGAAGAUCUCUACGAUGAGAUGAUUUUGAUACGGGUCUAUGGCCAUAAAACAGAUCUGUUUAUCGACCGCACAGCAGAAACUAGAAACAUCCGGCUGAUGCAUGCAGCGGGCUACACUCAUUGCUUGUAUGCUACGUUCAACAACGGACUUGCCUAUCAAUUCCUUCCAGGGGAUACGCUUACUGUUGACAGCGUCCGCAGCCCGCCCAUUUAUAAGUUGGUGGCCAAGAGAUUGGCUGAGAUGCAUAAGCUCAAUCCCAUUCAUCCAGAGAUAAGUACAGAGCCGUUCAUAUGGGAUAAAAUUGAAAAGUUCAUGCGUAUUAUGCCCAAGUCGUUCUCUGACAAAGAGAAGCAGGACAAAUUCAAAAAGAUAAUACGGCCCUAUGUGGAACUAGAAAAGCAAUACCAAUUGUUGAGGAAUGAGCUUUCGAAACUUGACAACGUUGUCGUUUUUGCACAUAAUGAUCUCUUAUUAGGCAAUGUACUUCACAAUGUCAAGGAAAAUACCGUCACAUUUAUAGAUUAUGAGUAUUCCGCUUAUAACUAUCAAGCCUAUGACAUUGCUAACCACUUUGCUGAAUUCGUUGGUCUGGAUGUGCCAGAUUACUCAUUGUACCCAGACGAGACUCUGCAGAGAGAUUGGCUUAGAUUGUAUCUUGAGGAAUACAAUGGCAGUCCAGAUGUCACAGAAAAUGAAAUAAAAAAAUUGUACAUUCAAGUUAAUAAAUUCUUGCUUUUGAGCCACUUCUUUUGGGGCUGCUGGUCUCUUAUACAAAGUGAACAUUCGCUCAUUGGCUUUGAUUUUUUAGAAUACGCAUCAAUAAGGUUUAACGAAUUUUUCAAACAAAAAGAUCAAUUAUUCGUUUCGGAAUGAAUGGCCAUGUAUUGGAAUCGAAACAAUCACCAAGUAAUCAGUUAUAUUUCUAAUUCGAAGGGCCUGGCGCGUCCUUUAUUACCUUAUAUCAUGAUCUGAUCAAUUUUACCUUUAUUCAGCUGCCAAUGCUGUUAUUUGGAUUUUAAUUUUUAUGGGAGGGGUUGAAACGUAUAUCAUAUUAUCAAUGUUCACGUUGAUAUUGUUAUUAUUGUUAUUAUUAUACAUAUGAAGCAUUUAAUUUUAUUUGUGCAAUAUGGUCAGAGGAAUAAAACUUUUUGGCUGUG